CUUCCCAUACUUCCGUCUCUAUCUUCUUGCUUGCUUCAGAAAAUUUCCUUUGAAAAGAAAGAAAAAAAACUUGCUCCAGAAAAAGAAAAAAAUAAAAAUAAAAAACUAUUUUAUUGGUCGUCACCUUUGGAAAGCGUGCCCGAUUUGGCCACCAAAUAAUAACAGAAAAAAUAUAUAUAUUAUUUUGAUUGCCUAAAACGACGUAACAGAGAAUAUAUUGAGAUAGUUCAAGAAUUCGAAAAGUUUUAUCUCUUUCUUUUAUUUUAGCUCGGUGAAAUUUUUUUUUUAGUUGUAGAAAAAUGAGUUUGGAGGAAUCAUCGUCGACGGCCGAGCGGCGGCUGAGAGCGAUUCAAGGACAUCUAAUUUCAGCCGCCGACGGUUUGAACUUGCGGCAGAUCCACAAGAAUGAGACCGCUGGUGAAUUCGUUCAUGGUCAGGGAUAUAGUGUAGUUCUACCUGAAAAAUUGCAGUCAGGCAAAUGGAAUGUAUACAGAUCUGCAUGCUCGCCUCUGAAGCUUGUUACUAGGUUCCCUGAUCAUCCUGAAAUUGGCACAUUACAUGACAACUUUGUAUAUGCCGUUGAAUCGUUCCAAGAUUACAAGUACUUGGGUACUCGAAUUCGUGCAGAUGGAACCAUUGGAGAGUACAAAUGGAUGACAUAUGGUGAAGCUGCCACUGCUCGAUCGGCAAUAGGUUCUGGGCUUUGCAAUCAUGGAAUACAAUCAGGAUCCUGUAUUGGACUUUACUUCAUAAAUAGACCAGAAUGGCUUAUUGUGGAUCAUGCUUGCUCAGCAUAUUCGUAUAUCUCAGUUCCUUUAUAUGACACUCUCGGUCCAGAUGCUGUUAAGUACAUUGUGAAUCAUGCUUAUGUACAGGCCAUUUUUUGUGUGCCAAGCACUCUGAACACAUUGUUGAGCUUCUUAUCUGAGAUUUCAUCUGUACGUUUAAUAGUGGUCGUAGGAGGGGUAGAUGAGCAUCUCCCAUCUCUUCCUUCAACAUCUGGAGUUAAAGUUAUUUCGUAUUUAAAACUACUUGAUCAGGGUCGUGGAAAUAUUCAGCCAUUUUGCCCUCCCAAGCCUGAUGAAACUGCAACUAUAUGUUAUACAAGUGGCACUACUGGGACACCAAAGGGUGUGGUCUUGUCACAUGCCAGUUUGAUUGCAAGUGUUGCAGGCGUGAGUCUUAACGUCAAGUUUCAUCCCUCUGACAUUUAUAUUUCUUACCUUCCUCUGGCACACAUCUAUGAGCGAGCCAACCAAGUUAUGUCAAUUUAUUUUGGUGCCGCUAUUGGUUUCUAUCAGGGGGACAACUUGAAGUUGAUGGAUGAUUUGGCAGUUUUAAGACCAACUAUAUUUUGCAGUGUCCCUCGUCUGUACAACAGAAUAUAUGCAGGGAUUACGAACGCUGUAAAAAAUUCUGGGGCCCUGAAGGAGAGAUUAUUUAAUGCCGCUUACCACUCCAAGAAGCAGGCAAUCAUGAACGGUAGAAAGCCAUCACCCAUGUGGGAUAGGUUGGUUUUCAAUAAAAUUAAGGAAAAACUUGGAGGUCGAGUCCGCUUCAUGUGUUCAGGAGCUUCACCUUUGUCACCUGAUAUCUUGGAGUUUCUGAGGGUAUGUUUCAGCUGUCGAGUUAUGGAAGGAUAUGGAAUGACUGAGACAUCCUGUGUCAUAAGCUCUAUGGAUGAAGGUGACGUCUCAGUUGGUCAUGUUGGUUCUCCAAAUCCUGCUUGUGAAAUAAAGCUUGUGGAUGUUCCUGAAAUGAAUUAUACUUCUGAGGAUCAGCCUCAUCCACGUGGAGAGAUCUGUGUAAGGGGUCCCAUUAUCUUCCAAGGCUAUUACAAAGAUGAAAUUCAAACGAGGGAAGUCAUGGAUGAUGAGGGGUGGUUGCAUACUGGAGAUAUUGGGUUGUGGCUACCUGGAGGGCGCCUUAAGAUAAUUGAUAGGAAAAAAAACAUAUUUAAGUUGGCACAGGGUGAGUAUAUAGCUCCUGAGAAGAUUGAGAAUGUCUAUGCCAAGUGCAAAUUUGUUGCUCAGUGCUUCAUAUAUGGUGAUAGCUUCAAUUCCUCAUUAGUGGCUGUAGUAUCUGUAGAUCCGGAUGUGUUGAAAGAAUGGGCCACUUCAGAAGGUAUCAAGUUUGAAGAUUUGGCAGAGCUAUGUAAUGAUCCAAGAGCAAGGGCUGCUGUUCUAGCUGAUAUGGAUGCUGUAGGAAGAGAAGCUCAGUUGAGGGGUUUCGAAUUUGCAAAAGCAGUCACUUUAUUUCCUGAGCCUUUUACUUUGGAGAAUGGCCUUCUCACCCCGACGUUUAAGGUAAAGAGGGCCCAAGCAAAGGAGUAUUUUGCAAAGGCAAUAUCUGAUAUGUAUGCAUCGCUUUCUACCUCUGAUCCCACUCCACAAAGUGCUUUAUGAACAUAUAUUAAAGCAUAAAGAGGCUUUGCUUUGCUGUAUACUAACACUUUUCUUUUCUCCUUCAAAUCAAUAAGCCAGAUGAUGUCAAUUGUUGUUGUAAUUUAAGCUGGCAGAGCAAUUUUAUGAGCUCUCUUGCAAUUUUUUGUAUAAUGGGGGACCUAGGCCAUAAUUCAUCUCGGUUCCCUAUCGUAGUUAGCUGCUGUAGAACGAAUAUUUUUCCAUAACUGAUAGUACUGCUGUAACCACGCAUCCCAUCUUUUAGCAUUGACGGGCACAACUAUAAUGGUGACAGAUAUUUGGUUUGUUAAGCUACAAAUUUAUAAUUGCCAAAUGAAAGAAAUAAUUUAUGUGAACA